AUGUGUCAGUCCCUACCCCCAUCCCCCAACCUCCCAUCCCCCUUUCUCGCAAGUUCAGCUUCUGCACAAAGUGUCGAUGACACUUCAAAGAUGAAGAAAGCGAGCCCAGUUUGUGGAACAGGCGGUCCCCAUAAUAUCACUCCCAUCUUCGAGGGUUUGGCCUGUUUUCCGGAUGAAGAAACAGCCCUGCAUCGAGCCUCCUCGUGGUUUCUUAAACAAGUCUCUCCCGGAACACGUCAGGCAUAG